AUGCCUUGGUUCCUUACAAUAGCGAUGGAUUUUAAAUGCCUUGUUAUCUUUAUAUUCGUUGUGGGCCGUAUAGUAUCAUUUAAUACAGGAGAAAUAGAUGACCGAACGUACAACGAAAAUGAAAUUCAGUAUCUUAACAAUCUAUUAAAGAAAGCUUUCACUUGUAGAGAAGUGGGAGAUAAAAUUGCUGCUGGCUUAUCCGACGAAGAUUUAAAAAAUAUGGCGAAAAUCCCUGCAAUGUGUGAAUGUGCAAACUACGAGUUGA